GGCUAAGUAACGAAAAAUGAUGGCGUGUACUUCCGCCCACCAUCGAAGACGUUGUCUGUCAAAUGUCAAAAGUGUAACAAUGCCGGUGACGACGAAAAUCUUGUUUUGUAUUGUAACCGUGCUUUACAUUGUAAUAAAAAGCGAAUCACUUAGUGUGGAUAAUAUAUCUAGUGAUGUUAAAUUUAAAAAUGUGGAUCGAACGAUAGACCUCACUUCACAACUUGUAAAAAUUACAUCGAAAAUAACCUUGGAGAACAGUGGUAAAUCACCGGUUAAAAACUUUCUUUUGGCCGUCGAAGCCUCGACCAAAAAUAAUCUAGCCUUUGUAGGUGCUAAAGACAAUAGUAAUAAAGAUCUACGUAUUGCGGAGACCACAGUUAAAGGCUACGAUAAUGUCAAGUUUUGGCGUGUUGAACUGAAAGAAACCCUAAAUGCCGGUUCUACCGUCUCGAUCACGACAGACACGGUCUUUACAAAAGCUCUUCAGCCUUAUCCUACUGCCAUUACCCAACAAGAAGAUCAACUUGUUAAGUAUACUGGCAACCUAUAUGUAUAUUCACCAUACUAUGUCACGUCACAAAAAACUAAUGUUGUAAUAAAUACGAAAAAUGUUGAAUCAUUUACGAAAAUCAAACCAUUCUCCCAACAAGACGGCACAAUUCAGUAUGGAGCUUAUUCCAACAUUGCUCCCUUUACUGAGAAGGAAUUGAGUGUCCAUUACAAAAACAAUUCUCCUUUCCUAACAGUGACCCGUAUUGAGAGACUUAUUGAGGUAUCUCACUGGGGCAAUAUAGCUAUUGAAGAACUCAUAGAAGUGGAACAUACUGGUGCUAAACUGAAGGGUCCUUUCUCUCGCUACGAUUAUCAACAAGACCAUCACAGUGGCCCUGCUAGUGUCAGAUCCUACAAAACUUUCUUACCGGCAUCUGCAUCUGAUGUGUACUAUCGCGACACAAAUGGAAACAUAUCUACUUCCAAUAUGAAAAUUAAAAAGGAUUCUGUUGAAUUAGAUCUUCGACCUCGGUAUCCACUCUUUGGGGGAUGGAGAACCCAUUAUACUUUAGGGUAUAAUGUGCCUAGUUAUGAGUAUUUAUAUCAUUCUGGUAAUGAUUAUUUGUUGAAAAUGAGAGUCAUAGACCAUAUAUUUGAUGAUAUGCAAGUUGAUGAGUUAACAACAAAGAUAAUCUUACCUGAAGGUUCUACAGGCAUUAAACUCAAUGUACCAUAUCCAGUUACUAGACUUGCAGACAGUCUUCAUUACACAUAUUUAGAUACCAAAGGCCGUCCAGUGAUAACAUUUAAAAAGACCAACCUUGUUGAAAAUCAUAUUCAAGACUUCCAACUGCGAUACACAUUCCCCCGUUUGCUCAUGUUGCAAGAGCCUUUACUUGUUGUUGGAUUUUUAUAUGCACUAUUCUUGUGUGUUAUUAUUUAUGUAAGAUUAGAUUUCUCUAUCCAUAAGUCUGAACAUCAUAAGGAGUAACUUAUAACUAUAAUAAGUGUAUAAGUAUGAAUGUAACAUUCAAUUGUCUUUUUCAUUUUCAUAAUGGUGAAUGUAAAUGAAUACAAAUAAAGUAAUUUUAUUUGACUUUUUUGUUUUCUUUGAAACAUUAAUCCCCUUUCUUAUUCUAUGUUAUAACCUUUGUUUUGUUUGUUAAG